GCCCACUUCAGUAUCCUCGCAUCUCAGCCUGCCCAGGACGCUUCGUACAAGCUACUGCUCCGCAGUACUACACGGCACUUUGUUCUAUUCCCAGCAAGCCUGCUUGGGUAACUUGCCUAGUUAUUUGCGCGUCAGCACAACCUAGCAGUUUCGACGUAUCCAGAAGAUAACUCUAUACGUUACACUGUCUGCCUGUUGUUUAGUGAAACUCUGGUACCAUGAAUCGAUCGCUCUCAGUACGCUCCAAGAAGGGUAGCGGCAGCGGCGAGAAAUCCGCCCCCAAGCACCGCUUCACCAUGGCAUCUCUCCGGGGCACGCAACAACCAGAGCUUUCGAAAAAGCUGUUCAAGAUCAUCAAGACCGAAAAUCAUGCCAUUGCGGCCCACGAGGCUGCUGGGCGCGAACGAAUCAGUAUCGCUCAGCAGCUGUCUGAAUGGGGUGAGGCGACGGGGGACGAGGCUAUUUCGGAUAUUUCCGAUAAACUUGGAGUAUUGCUUGCGGAAAUUGGAGAGCAGGAGGAUGUCUUCGCACAAUCGUUGGAGGAUUACCGCAGCGUCCUCAAGCAGAUCCGCAAUACCGAGAGUUCAGUGCAGCCCAGUCGAGACCACAAGGCCAAGGUGUCUGAUGAAAUCGCAAAGCUGAAGUACAAAGAACCACAGAGUACCAAAAUAGUUCAGCUCGAACAGGAGCUUGUCCGCGCAGAAGCCCAGAGUUUGGUGGCCGAAGCACAGCUCAACAAUAUUACGCGUCAAAAGUUCAAGGAGGCUUACGACCUUCACUUUGCGGCUACCAUUGAGCGGGCAGAGAAGCAGAUAAUCUUGGCGAAGCACGCUCGUCGUCUCUUGAACUUGGUCGAUGACACUCCAAUAGUACCAGGAGACGCGCAUCCUGCAUUUUCUGAAGGAGAAACAGCACGUCAGGUUCUCAACGACGCUGAGGACGAUCUCCGCCGCUACCAGUUAGAGGUUGAACCCAUCCACUCGAAUGCAGGCAACCUCGGAGUAGGUGCGAUGCCAGGCACUAUGACGGCAGGAGCCUUUGUUCCAGAGUCUGCUACCAAUGAGGGUACAGCGAGGAGCGAGAGUCCAGUUGGUGUGCAGUACGACAAAGCUGGAUCGGCUGCUUAUCCGCUGGAAGAAGCAGACAGAGUCAGCGCCCAGCAUGAGCAGACGCCUAGACAAGAGGUUACCAACGUGGCUUAAUCACGGAGGACACCUAUGCGCGAAAGUCUUAAUGUUUUAAUGAGUAAUAACGAUGUGAUGCUUUGGUCA